UAUACAUAUUUAUAUAUUUCUAUAUGGAUUCACGUGCGUUUUGCAAAAUCUUGAAUUUUUUUGGACAAUCUUUUACUUUGACAAAGCAAGAUUAGGCCAUGAGAUUAGCCUGUCUAGUUGCUUAGCAGAUGCUACAGAACUCGAGAUUGAAUACUAUACAACUCCUGUUCUUUUAAAUUUCUUGAGCCCCUUCAAUCAAGGAUCAAUUCUUUUCAAUCAAACCCUCCUUUUCUUUUCUUUUUUUGUUUUCUUUCUCCUCAGUGAAACUAAAAUCUCCCAUGGAGCUAAAUCUGAGUUUGGGUGACAUACCAAAGGGAUUCACUUUUCUUGGCAAGUCUCGGGAAAUUGAUGGUGAAGAAGAUCUAGGGUUUUGCAUGGCUUUAGGAAUGAAAGGUGAAGAUGAAAUCAGCAAGAAAGAAACAAGUGAAAGAAAACGGUCUUCAUCAGAUUUACCCCUCCAGCUUGAUCUUCUGCCUUUCUCUCCUGUUCCACGCAGUCAAACUUCAUCAAGUCUUCGUUUCCCUUGGCUCACUCAAAACUUGGCUAAUGAAAGGGGAAAAGGGUUAGAGAGGACUUUAGGGGUGGAGGAAGCUGAAAAUGGCGCAGCACAGUCUUCUCCAAACAGCACAGUUUCAUCAUUUCGAAUGGAUUUUUCAAUUUACACAAGAGGCAAAAGAGAUGCAAAGGAAUGUGAGGCAGAUGGAGGGGCUUCUUCAAGGGCAAGUGAUGAGGAAGAAAAUGGUAUGGCCAGAAAAAAACUUAGACUCACGAAAGAACAGUCUGCUUUUCUUGAAGAGAGCUUCAAAGAGCACAACACCCUCAACCCUAAACAAAAGCUUGCUCUUGCAAAGCAGUUGAAUCUCCGUCCACGCCAAGUUGAAGUAUGGUUCCAAAACAGAAGAGCUAGAACAAAGUUGAAGCAGACAGAAGUAGAUUGUGAGUAUUUAAAGAGAUGCUGUGAGAAACUGACAGAAGAAAAUAGGAGGUUGCAAAAGGAGAUUCAAGAAUUAAGAGCUUUGAAGGCUUCACAACCUUUUUACAUGCAGCAACCUGCCACAACUCUCACAAUGUGCCCAUCUUGUGAGCGCGUCGCCACCGCUAAACCUAAAUUAGUUUCAUUUUAGCAUCCCCAACGGGCUGCUUCUUGAACAGAAAAAAACGAUAUUUUUCUUUGCCUUUGUACAGAUACUUGGAUUUUUUACUUUUUACAAUGUCUGGAAUGCCUUGUUGUCUGCUGAUGAAUUUAAUUUGUUUGAUUAGAUAAUUAAAUGUUUUGUACUGCUAUUAAUUUUAUUGAGACAGAUUAUGAAUUGUCACUUUCUGAUUUUUCAUCA